AUGACUGCCCUUGUGAAUCAAAAUGGCGAACGGCUUGGCUCGAGCGAGGGGGUGGAAGAGUACAUCUCGACGAUGGCUACCGAGUGCGAGUUAAACUUUGAAACAUGCCUUCAUAUGUUGGAAACAAGCGCAGAGAAUCAACUAUCAUCGACUACAGUUGAUUCCAGUCACUCAAGUUCAGACGAAUCCUCGGAUGACGAGAAGGACAAGUGGACAGUUGAACUUGAUGGCAUCCAAAAGUCGAUAAACGAGCUUGAUAGGCUCGCUAUUCACAUUCGACAGUCAUCUGAUUCAUCCUUGGAUACUCGAGUUAAAGCUUUUGGAUCAAGAAAGGUCUCAAAAGUCUCUUCCUUUGAGGCAAAGGCGAUGCUUGUAGUCAAAGGCCUUUAUCCGGAAGCUAGUGAGAGCCUACAUAGGCACUUGAGCAAGUCGAUGACACAGAGAUAUAUCAGGUUAUUAUACUGGAGGUCUCAUGAUAAGAAACUGCGCACAGACCAUCGCCGCGACAAAAAGCCUCCAGAUAAAUCCAGGCAGAUGCCACUAGAAAAGUCAUCGCCACCUGAAGAACCAGCCCGGGAUUCACGUCCGGCAUCAGCACCAAAAACUUCGAGAAGUGGAGUCUCUGCUGGUACUUCCUUUCAAUCCGGAACCCAGGCUUCGGACCCUGAACCCCGACUCAAUAAAUCAGCUUCUCCGGACGCUGAGACGCCGGCUCGAAGGCGGGCUGGAGCAUCAACUGUUCUCGGGAGUAAGGCGAACUUCCCUAGCCCUCCUGAUUUCGAAGAUGGGGAAGACCGAAAACCUUGUCCUCUUUGCCGAAAGAUGUUUCUCAAGACCGAAUUUGGAAGCAAUGUCUGGUGGAGAUGCCAUGUGAACGAUGACCUCUUACCCUUCCCGUGUAUUUCAAGUCAAUGCUUAGGGUCCCCGAACUUUGCUAGUCUAUCUGAAUGGAGAGAACACAAUGCAAGAGAUCAUGGUGUCUUGUGGUCGCAGGGCCCAAGUGGCCCAAUUGGCGUUGCUGAACAUCCAGAAUCAUCCGACGUUGGCCGUCUAGCGCAUGACUGCCCCCUUUGCCACUUGCCGCUUGAUCAG